CUCAAAACCAUCCCUCUUUCGGCAAAACAAAAAAAAAAAAAAGAAGAAAAAAACAAACAGAGACGCAGAACCCUUUGGUUGAAUCAAUAACCAGAGGGGGGGCAAUUUUUUUCCGGGAAGGAGAGUAAAAUCCAUCAAUCAAUUUUCUUAUCCAAUUAAGUCAUGCCAUUUUUGAGGAUUGAUAGUCCUCUCCUUCCUGGAUUUAGCUUUUGGCAGCAAAAACCUAUCUUUUCACGCUUGUAAAUGCGAUUGUGUGGACUUCUUCCUCCUUGGAUCUGUCAUCUCUUUGCAUGCAUGGGGAGGUAUGUAUUCUAGGUGUUCUUUCUUGACUCAAACUGGGAGAAGCUUUGGGAACAAACCUUUUUGUUCAUUUGCAGUGUUUUCCGGGACUUAUUUUCGUGCUCUUUUGCUUUUGGGGAUGGAAUCUUUUAAGAGAAAAUGCAAGGCUGUUUUCAGUAGCAGAGGUUGUUUUGGAUGCUGUGCUAAACCCCCUACAAUUAUUGCGAUAGAUGCGUCAUCAAAGGGACUGAGAGUUCAAAAACGAUCAGUAAAAAAGUCAAGCAAAUCGAACAAUUUUUGGAGCACUAGUGCUGGUGAUAUGGAGAAUAGUACAAUGCAUUCCCAAGGAAGCCUUUCAUCAAUUAGCACAUUAAACCAGCAGCUUGAUCCCAGUAAUGCUGGAAGCACUAGCAACUCUUCUGAAUUUGUUAAUCGUGGUCUUCUUCUCUGGAACCAAACAAGGCAGCAAUGGCUUGGAAAUAAAAAGACUCAGAACAGGAAGCAAGUUCGAGAGCCUACAAUAAGUUGGAAUGCCACCUACGAGAGUCUACUUGGGAGUAACAAGCCGUUUGCUCGACCUGUCCCUCUUGCUGAAAUGGUGGAUUUUCUUGUUGAUGUAUGGGAGCAGGAAGGCUUGUAUGACUGAAUAAGCCCAGAAAUUUCAAUGAAUCCAUUUUUAUUUGUCUUGAUUUUCAUACAGUUCCUUGGUGCAAAUAGAUUUAUAGGUGCUUGCCUUUUUCUUUUUUUCUAACCUUUAGGGUUGGACAGACAAAAAACUGUAGUGCAUUGUACUUUUACCAGUACCAGUUUUCGUAAAACCUAUCAAGGCAUCAUCAUUGUAGCAGCACCCUGGCUUUCCAUUGGCGAACUUGGGUCCAAUUUAUAAUAUUAGUCUUCAUCCUUGAA